GUAGUGGCCGUGGAAGCAGCACUUUGCUCCCUCAUACCAUCAUCAAUGAGUUUCCAGAGUACGGCACCGUAGAGCCAAGUGGAGACACACUGAGGGCUUCAUCAUUGUGCCAGGCAGAGCCUGUGAUGUGCAGUCCAGAAGGGCGGGACAGGCACCACCAAGUACCUGGCAGAUCCCUUCCUCAGCAUGCAGCUGCUGCAGACAAUUCGAGACCUGAUGCUGGAGCACUGCGGGUAUGCUCCCCUGAAGAAGGUUUGCAAACUGCAGGUAACCUGCCAGAGAUUAUGAAAAUCUCUCGACGGCUGGAAGCAAAAAAGGUGCAAGAGAGAGCAAAUACUUUUCUUGAUUCAGAGAUGCAAAUGGAAAAAAAGAGUGUUACUGGCAGCCAAAAUGUGCAAGCAGCCAAGGAACCAGUUCCAGCAGGCCAAGAAAAACCCUCAGACAUGCCUCUUCCAUCUGAACGAACAGCUGAGGAAAAAAUGCAUUUGAUCAUAGGGAGAGAUCUGGCUGCAAUAUGGACUGGAGAAAAGCAGUCUGAGUCCUUGCAAGCCAUCAGUAAUAAAGUCGAGGAGGUCCACACAGCACAGGAGACAAGCUGUCAUAGACCAUCUGUGACAAACCUGGACAGAGCCAGCAGAGUGGAGGGAUGGGCGCAUUUUGAGGAGUCUUCAGCGUACAGUCAAGGCAGAAUGCAAAUGGGUCCUGAGAGGAGACUCUCUAAAGAGGCAGCUGUGAGCAAGCAUGUAGAAUUUCAAGGGGUGGAGAUCUUAUGGCUGCAAAAAGCCGAGGAGCAGAGAAGAAAGAAGCACUCACUUUUGGAGACUGUGUCUGUGGAGAGGAAGGCGUUCCCCAAAACAUCCAGCCACCCUGCACUACUGAUGGUCUCCCCAGGCUUGGUCUCCUCACCAGAGAGCACUUGGAGUGAUGGCGGUGAGGACUCAAGGCUGGGACCUGCUGCCUCUGGAGCUGCUCCUUUGGCACUGCUUGAUGAAAGUGAAGUUUUUGUGAAGGACAAGAAGAACCGUGGUGAGGAGGAGGUGGCUGGGCUAGCGAGAGGCCAGGGCAGGAUGAUGGAGGAUGGGAAAGCUGCCACAGGAGGAUAUGAAGAUGUCCUUGGGCAGAGGCACUCCGAUGUCUCCACUGAUCUCUACAGCUCGCAGUUUGAAAACAUUCUAGACAAUGCAUCUUUAUACUACAGUGCGGAGUCGCUGGAGACAUUGUACUCGGAGCCCGAUAGCUACUUCAGCUUUGAGAUGCCACUUACUCCUAUGAUCCAGCAGCGCAUGAAGGAGGGCAGCCAGUUUCUAGAUCAGACGUCAGCCUCGCCGCAGCCAGAUGUCCUGCAGCUUCCCCCUGAUGGGGAGGUGAAGGUCUGCAGUGAAGGCAUCGCCAAUGGCUUAAGGGAUGUAAGUGAAACACUCUUCAGAGGAGACGUCACAGAAGUCCCUCGUUUGGAAAG